AUGCGGGCAGCUGUCUUCUUCAUCGCGGCGACGGUCUUCUCCGCUGCGUGGGCUGUUCCGCCAAGACAGUUCGACAAACAAGCCGAAAACCCCGAUUCAACAUCGAACAUUGCAACAAAGAAUCAGGACAAUCCCCUUCAUCGUCGAGGGACGUCAGUGUCUGCUCUUUGGUAUGAUGUUCCCUCGCCGACUCCGACGCCACCACCGAAAAAGAACAUCCCUGGAGCCAUCGGGGCCACGAUUGCCGCUGUGUUCAUUGUAACCAUCGCCGUUGUUAUUUUUCUCGCUCAUAGGGGCAUCUGGCUGCGACAUCUUCGUACCCAGCAACUCCUAAAAAUCAAAUCCAAAACUGUUCUGAGUUUUCGUCCCACGAGCACUACACCAGAACCUAUCGAAUAUGACGAGGAAAUGAGGCAGCAACGUUCUGGUCAGAUUGUUCAAUCUUACAUUUCGAUGGAAACUGUUUGCAUUUCUGACCAGGAUAGCGAGGUCGGUGUGCCGGUUAACCGCAUGUCGAUACACGACCAAUAUUUUGACCAGUCGCCGGAACAUAUCAUUAUAACGAGACCACCCCCUGCUGUUCAUAGACACAGUAUCUCAUGA